AUUGUGGAUUGGAGCAGUGAUUGGAGGAUAUGUUGGGAAUCAGAACUGGAGGAGGCUGGGAAACAAACAGGGAGUGUUGUGUGGACUAGAGGCCGCAUCGAUAUCACAAAAUGAUCGAAUAAACGGCGCGUUUGGCGGAUUGUAAUGCACACUCAGUGUGCAGGGAAACGGAAUACGAUAUUUACCGCUGAUCUUUACUAAAGACAAACCGCGUCAAUCAAGUCCAGCAUGCGGCAUUCUUACGCGCUGAUCUUGCAUAUGAAUUGAACACAAACGUGUCCUGAGACUGAAAUAUCUGUGGCAUCUCCUCUCGGUGAUUCUGACUGGAUUUGUGAAGACGAAUGACAUUAAGGCGUUAACUUAGUUCUUCAUUCAUGCACCGAGCCUAUCGCACGGAUACUCAAGAGAACCUGUCGGUCAUUUUGGAUUGAUUUUAGUGACGAUAAAGGACUCGUUUAAUCACAAGUGAUUCAACAUCACAGAGCAGUGCCAUGCAACCCCUGUCCAAACAGCUGAUGCCCACAUAGAGGUGUCUGAGUAGACACCCUCUGGCUGCAGAGGAUGCUGGGAAUGUGUCGUGGGCGCAGGAAGUUUGUGGCUGCCUCCCUCGCCCUGAUCUUUAUCCCAGCCCUUACCUGGCUCUAUCUGUCAUCAGCAAAUUUCACGGUCAAACUGUUGCCUCUGUCGCCGCUGGAUCCUCAGUCAUCCCUGCUGAUCAGAGCAGCUGCUGAGCAUCAGGAUGUGGAUCUGCAGCUACGAGAUGUGGAAGAACGUAACCUUGCACUGCGGAGAGAGAUUAGCCUACCACCCAGGGUUCCAACACAUAGCAACAGUCGCCAAGGGAAACAGUUACACACCCAUUCCACAGAAGAGGGUACAGGUGAUAGUGAGGCUAAAAAAGGAGCAGCCUCAGGCAACAGCUCGGACUGUGUGCCUCAGCCGGUGGUGAACAAAUGUGAGACAAUUCAUAUCGCCAUUGUGUGUGCGGGGUACAAUGCGAGCAGAGAUGUUGUCACUUUGGUCAAGUCAGUUCUGUUUCACAGACGGAAUCCUCUCCACUUCCAUUUCAUCACGGACUCCAUCGCUCGGAAGAUCCUGGCUGAUCUCUUCCACACCUGGAUGGUGCCAGCCGUUCAUGUCAACUUUUAUGACGCUGAUGAGCUGAAGUCUGAGGUCUCUUGGAUCCCUAACAAGCAUUAUUCCGGCAUCUACGGCCUGAUGAAGCUGGUGCUGACCAAGACCCUGCCCUCUGACCUGCAGAAGGUCAUCGUCCUGGACACUGACAUCACCUUUGCCACAGACAUCGCUGAGCUGUGGGUCGUUUUCCACAAGUUCAAAGGUCAGCAGGUUCUUGGUCUGGUGGAGAAUCAGAGUGAUUGGUACCUCGGGAACCUGUGGAAGAACCAUCGCCCGUGGCCAGCGCUGGGCAGAGGCUUUAACACCGGGGUGAUUCUACUGUUGUUGGAUCGAUUGAGGAAGCUAAAGUGGGAGCAGAUGUGGCGGCUGACGGCAGAGAGAGAGCUCAUGAGCAUGCUGUCUACAUCCCUCGCUGAUCAGGACAUCUUCAAUGCUGUGAUCAAGCAAAACCCAUUCCUGGUGCACCAGCUGCCCUGCUUUUGGAAUGUUCAGCUGUCGGAUCACACCCGCUCCGAAAAGUGCUACAAAGAUGUGUCCGACCUCAAGGUGAUUCACUGGAACUCUCCGAAGAAACUGCGUGUGAAGAACAAACACGUGGAGUUCUUCAGGAAUCUCUAUCUGACGUUCCUGGAAUAUGACGGGAAUCUGCUGAGGCGAGAGCUCUUCGGCUGUCCCAGCGAAACGGACCACAACUCAGAGAAUCUCCAGAAGACCCUGUCUGAGCUGGAUGAGGAUGACCCAUGUUAUGAGUUUCGUCGGGAGCGCUUCACAGUCCACCGCACACAUGUCUAUUUCCUGCACUAUGAGUACGAACCAGCCUUAGAUAACACUGACGUGACACUCGUGGCCCAGCUGUCUAUGGACAGACUUCAGAUGCUAGAGGCCAUCUGUAAACACUGGGAAGGGCCCAUCAGUCUGGCUCUCUACCUCUCAGACGCUGAAGCCCAGCAGUUCCUGCGAUACUCUCAGGGCUCUGAGGUCCUGAUGAGCAGGAGCAACGUGGGAUACCAUAUAGUCUAUAAAGAAGGCCAGUUCUACCCUGUUAACCUGCUGCGUAAUGUUGCUAUGGGGCAGGUCAACACACCCUACAUGUUUCUGUCGGAUAUUGACUUUUUGCCCAUGUAUGGACUCUAUGAGUACCUCAGGAAAUCGGUUGUUCUGCUGGAUAUGGGGAACACUAAAAAGGCUCUUGUGGUUCCAGCAUUUGAAACCCUGCGCUAUCGGCUGUCCUUUCCCAAAUCAAAAGCAGAGCUCCUGUCACAACUCGACAUGGGCACUCUGUUCACAUUCAGAUAUCAUGUUUGGACAAAGGGUCACGCUCCAACAGACUUUGCCAAAUGGAGAACUGCUACAACACCAUACCGAGUUCAGUGGGAGGCCGACUUUGAGCCGUAUGUGAUGGUCAGACGAGAAAGCCCAGAGUAUGACCGGCGCUUUGUGGGGUUCGGGUGGAAUAAAGUAGCUCACAUAAUGGAGCUGGACGCUCAGGAGUACGAGUUUGUGGUUCUGCCCAACGCCUACAUGAUCCACAUGCCCCACGCGCCCAGUUUCGACAUCACCAAGUUUCGCUCGAAUAAACAGUACCGCGCUUGUCUGAAGACGCUGAAGGAGGAGUUUCAGCAGAAUAUGUCUCGGCGUUAUGGUUUCGCCGCGCUCAAAUACAUGACAGUGGAUAACAACAGCUAGCCGAGCACAUUGUUCAGUGAACCGAUAAAAUAACCAAUAAAAUAAGCUGAUCAAGGAGUGCUGUGUGACAGCACCUUUAUGGAUGUGUUCAGUGAAACUGAGAUUGCAGGGUCAUUAGGAGACACGGCUCGUGAUCAUCCAUUCAUUCAGGGAUCCGAUAAGACGUUUAUCAGUGGUGUUUGACAGAGGUGCCGAGAAAUAAACUGAUUAGAAGUCAUUGAUGAACUUUUGUGAGAAGGAAAGCAGAUCCUAUGAAGGACAACAGCACUGAUGCACUUCAGAUUAAAGCCUUGAAUCUGUCUAUCUUUCCGCCUUUCUAACUAUUCGCUUGCCUGUCUGUCAGUCUUUUUGUUUCUCUCUGCCUCUGCUUCUAACCAUCCAUCUGUAUGUCUGCCUGUCUAUAUAGUACUUGUUUGUCUAUUUAGCAAUAUGUCUGCAUCUUUCUCUCUAAAAGUGUCUAUUGAUCUGUUUGUGUCAAUCAAUCUCAUGUCAUUCUGUCUAGUUGUCUCUGUCUAACAGUCUGUUUUGCUGUCUAUCUAGCAGUAUCUUGAUUUCUACAUCUGUUUGUUUAACAAUCUGUCUAUAUCUCUAACAAACUGUCCAUCUAACAAUCUGUAUGUCUCUGCCUCUCUAGCUGUCUAUAAAUCAUUCGGUUUCAUGUCUAUAUCUAACAGUCUUUCUAUAUUUUCAGUAAUAUUUUCAUAUUUUCUAUCAGUCUAUACCUUUCUGUCUAUUGGACCAUCUAACUGUCUCUCUAUAGUGGAUAUAGAAAAUAAUCACAUUUUUUUGCUUUGCCAAUGGAAAUGAAGGACACAGUUUUUGUUUAAUCCAGCUGUAUUUACUCAGUGCAGCUUGUAACAUCCAAUUGAAAGAUAUAAUGCCAACAUGUCCGAAAAAAUGUAAUAAACAAAAAAAAAACAAAAAAAUACAAUCAACGCAUUGGAAAAAGUAUUCUAAAUACUUUUUCCCCACCUUCUAAAAAUGAUCUGUAAACUCAAUCAAGUGUGGCUAAUCACCUUCUCAAAGGCCCACAAUGCCAUUUGAAUUUCAGCUGUGGUCAUUUUGAUUAGAUCGGCAUGAAAAGAGCUUUUACUGGAGCAUUUCAGUCCUUGGUAGUGCAACUGAAGCAAACAAUCAUCUGACAAGGCACUGUCAAAAGAGCUCUGGUAUAAAUUUUUGGACAGACACACGUCAGGAGAUGUAUACAAAAAAACUUUAGCAUUGCUACUGAUCAAGAAAGGCAAAAUGCAGUCAAUACUGAGCUUUGCCAAAACACACCUAGAAGAUUCUGAGGCCAAUAGGGUGUUAUGCUCAGAUAAGACUGAAAUUGAACUAUUUGGUCUCAUCAAAUAAAACUGUAUGUCUGGUGGAAAUCCAACACCGCUCACCAUCCGAAUAUCACUAUUCCUCCAGUAAAGCAUGGAGGUGUUAUGGGAGUGUUCCUCUGCAGCAGGGACUGCAGCACUUGUCAGGAUAGAAGGAACAAUGGAUGGGGCAAAAUACCAUCAUAUUCUUGAGAAAAAUCUGCUUUCCUCUGUCAGAAAGAUGUCAAUGGGAAGAAGGUUCUGCAAGGCUGCAAAUCAACAAAUGUGAUUAUUUUAAAGAGGGUGAAUCUUUUUCUAUACCCACUGUAUAUCUCUCUCCUUGCGUUUCUGCUUGAUAUCUUUAUCUAACACGGUCUAUAUCUCUAACAAACCCUGUUAAACUAUAUCGAAGCAUUAUCUAUCUCUCUUCCAUUCUGUCUGCCUAUAUCUUUAAUAAUGUCUAUGUUUGUUCCAUUAUCUAACAAUCUGACUAUAUCUCUUUACAUCUGUUUGUAUGCAUCUCUCUCUCUCUCUGUCUCUUUCCCUCUGUCUAACAAUAUUAUCUAUCUCUUUUAACAGUCUCUGUCAAACAAUCUGGCUAGAUUUCUCUGUCUCUCUGUCUGCCUGUCUAACAAUUCACCUGUAUCUAACAAACUAUCUCUUUAUAUCUGUCUGUCUUUCUUUAUAUCAACUAUUUCUCCCACAGCCUGUCUUUUUGCUCUCUCGUUCUUCCUCUUGAUUCAAGGUUUCUUUCUCUGUGUCGACAGAUGUUAUGUGUGGUGAAGCGAUUUGGAUGUGUGUUCAUUCUCAGUGCAGAUGUGAACAAAUGUAAUAAACAGGGAUCUUCAUUCAUCGGACUGGCAAUAAUACGUGAUGAGAGGCCAAAGUGAACACAUCAUUGACACAUUAGAGACGGUUAUUCAAGUGCUACUGACUGCAUCACACUCCAUACUAAUAGACUUGCGCGCUUGAUCACAGGCUUAAUUAACAAAGACUCAGUCAUGUACUUCAUCAUUUGUAAAAGACAGUGGAGUUGACGCUGAUGCAGCGGCAGAACAUGUCAUGAGUGUGUUUCGUGGUCACUUUUUCUACACAGACGUUCAGCCAACAUCAAGUCUGACUCAGGCUCUUGUUUUUACUGAAUUAUCAGCUGAUUUUUUGCCACCCUGACAGCACACAAACUCAAUGCUGCAGAGCCAUCUAUGUAUUAGUUUUCAUAUGCCAUAUGUCUCUAAAACAUUUCUUGUCUGGCAUUCAGCAGUUUAUCACAUUUAUGAUUGUGAAUCUUGGUGAAUCAGAUCUUUUCAAGAUGUUUGACCACAAUGUUUAGAACUUGAUGCGUUCUUCAGUGUGUUUACUGCGGUAUCAAUGAAGUGCUUUUAAUAGGCUACAGUCUGUGUUAUGUGCAUUACAGUAUGCCAUUUUUAUUUUAUUUUAUUUAUUUUGUGUUAUUUUAUUAUUUGGAAUGGACCAUAGACCCGUUUUUUCCUAUAGAGCCCCUAGUGGCAAAGCUGAGAACGCAUUCGCACUUGCACUGCAUCACCAGUUGCAUUUUGACUAGUGCUGUCAAACGAUUAAUCGCGAUUAAUCGCAUCCAAAAUACAAGUUUUUAUGUAAUAUAUGUAUGUGUGCUGUGUUUAUUUAUUAUGUAUAUAGAAAUAAAAACACACAUACAGUAUAUGUAUAUGCAUGUAUAUUUUAUAUAUUUAUAUUUUAAAUUACAUAUAAAUAUAUGCAUGUAUAAUAUAUACAUGCAUGUGUUUGUAUUUAUAUAUAUAUAUAUAUAUAUAUAUAUAUAUAUAUAUAUAUAUAUAUACACACACACAUAAUAAAUGCAGUACACACUUAUAUAUUAUGCAAAAAAAAAUACUUUUAUUUCGGAUGCGAUUAAUCGCGAUUAAUCAUUUUACAGCACCAAUUUUGACACAUUUUAGAAUAAGUGUUUGUGUUUACAUACUGGGAGUAAGUUUUGGGCCUAAUGCGAGCUGAUAAAAAAAAAUUGUCUCUGUAUACAACGCAAUGAAUGUGUGCUGCUCAUAUUCAAGAGUUACAGGUCCAUUAAAGCAGACCUGGACUAGUUGUCCUUUUUUGUUUUUUUAUAACUUUAGUGACCGUUUUCUCAGGGGUGGGUUUAUUUUUAAAGUCAGUUUCUAUAAAGACAUCAACUUUAUAGUCUUAAGAAAGCUAUUGAGACAUUUUCACCAGUACUGUUCUGAAAAACAAAGUACAGAGGCAUGUUGUCGCACUGUAUGGAGUAAUAUGUCAGGCUGUUUAAAUUCUUUUUCAUCAGAAUUUAAAUCUUAAAGCAUUUUGACACAUACACAUGCGCCUAAAUCAUAGAAAACAAUGAAUGUCAUAAUACUUUUCUUGUUCAACCUGUAUUACAAAAUGACAGUAUUCUCUGUGACAACUAGCCCCAGUCUCCUGAAUUUGCUAGGCAAAAUAAAACCAGCAGAUGAAGUUAUUAAUGGACAACAUUUGUUGUGGCUGCUGCUGCUUUUUUUUUUUUUAAGUAAAAUCUUCUAGCGCUGAUAUGUUCUGAUGUGGAUACAAGUUACUACUAAUGUUCUGAGCGCUCGCUCAGAUGGUUGUCGUGAAGCGGUGUCAUUAUUUGUCAGUAUUUUCUGAGGUUGUGCUUGAGUGCUGAUGUGCAGAGCUGUAUGUGCACAUGCUGAUUGAAGUGUGUGUUGAAUAUGAAUAUAAACAGCCACAUUUCCAGGAUAACACUGAUAAAACGGCUCAUGAAUUAAA